UCACCACACCAUUUGGUCAGGCCAGGGCUACGGGGAAACAUUCCACACAACCAAGAAUACUGUCUAGUCAGUUGCUUCGGAAGCGCACUGAGUCGGUUUUAAAGAAUUUAGAACUGGGCGUAAAUACUUCAGCUACACGUUUCGUCGAUGCUCUUGGUUAGAUUGUCCAGACACCAUUUUACGAUUUCAGGUGGACUUGCCUCGCGCGCCGUUCCUCGACGUGGUUUGUUUCGAGCACCAAGUUUCCAGUCAAAGUCUGACACCAUGGAGAAAGCAAAGGUCACCGCUCAAUCACAGCAGCAGCAUCAUCCGCAUCAGUGCACCUGCGCCGUCCACGCACCUAGUCUCUCGUCCAAUCCAGCGUCACUUUCCGGCUACGGCGUGUCUCCAGGCGAGGCUGCUAGCGUGAGCGUGGAUUCGUGCAAGUGCCGGGAUAUUCCGGCUUGUGUGGUCUGCUCCCCGGCAGAACGGAGUGCGGGAAAAGAAUGUGCAGAGCCUGUCUUUGGUACCGAGUCGUGUUGUGAAGAUGAUGGGUCCAAGGCUGUCUGAGGACUUAUAAGUGUACAGUGGGGUGAGGAUGAUACGCUUAGCAUGCGUUAGGCUAUAGUUUGAGGCUAGCUGUACAUGUGACAGGAUGCUGCUCUGGAGGGUUGGGAAUCAGAGCCUGGCUUGGGCUUAUUCCAUGUCCAUACGGUAUCCCAAGUUCUCUGAGUCAGCUGAUAUGUGUAGGACUACGGCAAAAACUGGUUGGUUGCUUAAUGCACCUCAUAUAUUGAGCUACCAGUGUUGAAACAGUCCAUUGAGAUGGCCACAGUGUCAAACAUAUCUAAGUAU